AUGCCUAAAGCACCUCCAGAAUUAUUAGAAAGAUCUCCAACGGCCAUAGGCAGCAGCAAAGUAGCUUAUCACCACCAUCUCAAACAUCAUCACCAGCGCCCUAAUUCCAUGUCGUCUUUCUUCUCCCCAAAACUCUCCAUCUACAUUCUCGCCGCCUGCGUCACCCUCUUCGUCAUCUUCCACAUCCAGUCUCUUCAUACUCCACCUGAUUCCACAUCGUCGCUACCUUCAUGGUCUCUCAAUCUCAUGCGCAAGUGGCAGCGAGUUAUCAACACCACCACUACGGUGGAAGAGGACGUUACCUCAGUGAUCUUCACCAACAAGUACACCGACGAGCUCAAUGCAAUGAGACAGAAACUCCGGCAGUCAGUCACGUUUCUUCCGCUCAAGGACUUACGUUACGCCCACGCGGCCCUCGUCGGGCACACAUGGUUCAUGAGCUCCAUGUACGACUCGAGUGACCAAGAAGGCGAGGUCCAGUACCAGCGCUUCCCUUCACAUGCCUCGAGCAACAGACUCCUGUGCCUCAAAGGCCGCGACACCCACGACGGCUCCUGGAACUCGUACGCCCUAGCAUGGCCUGACGCACUUCCCCACAACGCAACCCUAAUGACCGGUCUGUCCUUCAUUUCUUACAACCACUACAACUACGACAAUAUAUGGCAUGGCCUCUCCGCCGUCAUGCCCUUCGUGGCGUGGCACAAAAAGAACUCAUGCGCCAAAUCUGAGCGGUGGAUAUUGUACCACUGGGGGGAAAUCAGGUCUAAGAUGGGAUUGUGGUUGAGUACUCUGAUGGAGGCUACCUUUGGAGGGCUGCCGUUCGUGGAAGUGUUUGAUGGGGUUGAGGAAGGGACGCCUGUUUGUUUCGAGGAGGCGGUGGUCAUGAGGCACAAUGAAGGUGGGAUGUCUAGGGAUCAGAGGAUGGAGGUCUAUGAUCUAAUGAGGUGUAAGGCCAGGGCUUACUGUAAUGUUAUCUCCGGGGGUGAAGAUCGUCGGAGGAAGAUCGGAAUGACGUUGUUCAUGAGGACGGGACCGAGAUCGUUCAAGAACGAGAGUGCGGUGGUAGAAAUCUUUCAGAAAGAGUGUGGCAAGGUGGAAGGUUGCAGCUUACUGGUGGCUCACUCUAAUAACCUCACUUUCUGUGACCAGGUGAAGCUAAUGAGCAUGACAGAUAUUUUGAUAUCCCCACACGGGGCGCAGUUGACCAACAUGUUCUUUAUGGAUAGAAACAGUAGUGUGAUGGAGUUCUUCCCAAAAGGUUGGCUAAAACUUGCCGGUGUAGGGCAAUUCGUGUAUCACUGGAUCGCAAGUUGGUCGGGUAUGAGACACCACGGUGCAUGGCGAGAUCCGAACGGUGAGAUUUGCCAGUACGCUGAAGAUGAUCGCCGCUGCAUGUCUCUUUACAAAAAUGGCAAAAUUGGAUACAAUGAGUCAUAUUUCUCCGAAUGGAGUAGAAAUAUACUCGGUGAAGUUAAGAGAAGGAAGACGGAAGAAGCAGGAAAGGGUGUAAGCUUUGGCUGUAUUUGUGAUUAA